AUGGCUGGGAUAUACAGCUCUACUCUGAAGACCCUGGAGGAUUUAACUCUGGACUCUGGUUAUGGGGCAGGGGACUCCUGCAGGUCCCUCAGUCUCUCGUCUUCCAAGUCCAACUCCCAGGCUUUUACCUCCUCUCAGCACAGAGGCAACUGGUGGUACUACUCGGGCUCCAUGAACAGUAGGAAUAACAGCUGGGAUACAGUGAACACUGUUCUGCCAGAAGACCCAGAAGUUGCAGAUAUAUUUUCCAAGUGUCCUAAGCUGCCAGAUCUAGAGGAGUAUCCUUGGACUGAUGAAGACAUCGGGAAAAUACUCCGAAAAGGGAAGGGGGAUGGAAAUUCCAGAACCUUUGCUCAGGAAGCUGUCAGGCGGCUCUCGCAGUUGCUGAGGCGUGCCUUGAUCAGGAUCUCCAGGGAAGCUCAGCGUCUCAGCGUGAUGCACUCCAAGUGCACCAGGUUUGAGGUGCAGAGCGCUAUCAAGCUCAUCCAGAGCUGGUCGUUAUCAGAAAGCUGCGUCUUGGCCACUGUCAGGGCUCUUUCUCUGUACAGCAUGAGUGCUGGAGAUGGGCUGAGGAAAGGUAAAUCAGCGAGAUGUGGCCUCACCUUUUCAGUGGGCAGGUUUUUCAGGUGGAUGGUGGACACUAGGAUCUCGGUUAGGAUCCAUGAAUAUGCAGCCAUCUCUUUAACCUCUUGCAUGGAAAACCUUGUAGAAGAGAUUAAAGCCAGGGUUUUGACAAGUCAGAGCCCUGAUGGUGGAGGAGGGGAGAUCUCGGCUGAAAUCCUGGAGAUGGUUAUCAACAAUGAUGCUGAACUUUGGGGAGUGCUGCAACCUUACGAACAUCUCAUAUGUGGGAAAAAUGCUAAUGGUGUGCUCUCUCUGCCGGCCUACUUCAGCCCGUACAACGAUGGCUCUGUGUGCAGUGACGGGCGGGCUGAUGCGUAUGCCCAGCUGGAACUCCGAACUUUAGAGCAGUCUCUCCUGGCAACUUGUGUAGGAAGCAUCUCCGAACUGAGUGAUUUAGUAUCACGAGCAAUGCACCACAUGCAGUGCUUGAACACUCUCCGCCCAGGCAUGAGCCCUGUUCGGCAAACUCGGCAGCAGCAACCAAUCUCCUGGUCCCCUGAUGCUCUCCACACCCUCUACUACUUCCUACGCUGUCCGCAGAUGGAGUCCAUGGAGAACCCCAACCUUGACCCUCCAAGAAUGACUCUGAAUAAUGAACGGCCUUUCAUGCUUCUGCCCCCGCUAAUGGAGUGGAUGCGAGUGGCUAUCACCUAUGCUGAGCACCGGCGCAGUUUAACUGUGGACAGCGAUGAUAUCAGGCAGACAGCCAGGCUACUCUUACCGGGAUUGGACUGCGAGCCACGGCAGCUAAAGCCUGAAUGCUGUUUUAGUUCCUUCCGGAGACUGGAUGCUAAGGCUGCUACUGAAAAAUUCCAGCAGGAUCUGGGUUUCCGAAUGUUAAAUUGUGGAAGGACAGAUCUGAUCAACCAAGCAAUAGAUGCACUGGGACCUGAUGGGGUUAAUACUAUGGAUGAUCAGGGCGUGACCCCACUAAUGUAUGCCUGCGCUGCUGGAGAUGAAGCCAUGGUCCAAAUGCUUAUAGAUGCUGGAGCGAAUUUGGAUAUACCAGUUCCCAGCACCUCUCCACGGUACCCUUCAGUCCAUCCUGACAGCCGGCACUGGACUGCUCUUACCUUUGCAGUAUUACACGGGCAUAUAUCCGUUGUUCAGCUGCUCUUGGAUGCUGGUGCCCAUGUGGAGGGCUCUGCUGUUAACAGUGGAGAAGACAAUUACGCUGAGACCCCACUUCAGCUGGCUUCUGCGGCAGGGAACUACGAAUUGGUCAGCUUAUUACUAAGUAGAGGUGCUGAUCCCCUUCUGAGUAUGUUGGAAGUCAAUGGUAUGUCUUCAUCCCUUCAUGAAGAUAUGAAUUGCUUUAGUCAUUCAGCUGCACAUGGACACAGGAAUGUUCUACGCAAGCUCCUGACCCAGCCCCAGCAACUGAAGGGAGAUGUCCUCUCACUGGAGGAGAUUUUAGCUGAGGGAGUGGAGAGUGACACCUCCAGCCAGGGCAGCUCCAGUGAGGGACAAGUCAGGCUGUGUAAAACAAGAAUGAAGGCUCUGCAGGAGGCCAUGUACUACAGCGCUGAGCAUGGCUACGUGGACAUCACCAUGGAACUCAGGACCCUUGGAGUCCCAUGGAAGCUCCACGUGUGGAUCGAGUCGCUGCGGACAACCUUCUACCAGUCUCGCUACUCAGUUGUACAGACACUCUUACGAGAGUUUGUCACCAUAAAGGAAGAGGACUAUAAUGAAGAGUUGGUUAAUGAAGGGUUGCAGCUCAUGUUUGAUAUCCUCAAAACCAGCAAAAAUGAUUCUAUCAAUCAGCAGCUUGCAUCCAUCUUCACCCAUUGCUAUGGCAGCAGUCCUAUACCUGGCAUUCCUGAAAUCCGAAAGGUGCUACCAGCUCGGCUAGAUCCUCACUUUCUAAACAAUAAAGAAAUGUCUGAUGUCACUUUCUUAGUAGAAGGAAAGCUAUUUUAUGCACACAAAGUCCUGCUGGUUACUGCAUCGAACAGGUUUAAGACCCUAAUGACCAAUAAAACAGAGCAAGACAGCCAAGGCAGCAAGACUGUUGAAAUUAGUGAUAUGAAAUACAAUAUUUUCAAGAUGCUGAUGCAGUAUUUAUAUUAUGGAGGAACAGAAUCUAUGGAAAUUCCCACUGCUGAUAUCUUAGAGCUGCUGUCGGCUGCCAGCCUCUUCCAACUGGAUGGCCUCCAGAGACACUGUGAAAUCCUCUGUGCCCAGACGAUCAGCAUGGAGAACUCUGUUAACAUCUAUAAAUAUGCAAAGAUUCACAACGCACCUGAACUAGCCUCUUUUUGCGAAGGCUUCUUCCUCAAACAUAUGAGCUCUCUUCUGGAGCAGGACUCAUUCAAACAGCUAAUCUACAGCAGGAAUAGCAAAGUGCAAGGCCUAGACCCUCUGCGGGACUUGCAGACAGCCCUGGCCGGCCGCCUGCAUUCAGUGUACGUCACCUCGCGGGUGUGAGGCGGGAGCGAGGCAGUGGCAGAAGCGCUGGUUCAAACUGCACUGGGCUGCGUGAUCAGGCAGAGCUAUGGCUUUCCCGUUCGCUUUCUGGAGUCAUCAGUUCUUGCUGCAAGUCCCUUACUGCAGAUGCCCUGCCGGCAGGAGUACGGCGCCUGGUCCCACUGAAGUAGGGGAGCUGGCUGCUCUGUGCCACACUGUGUCAGAGAAACACAGUCACAGCAUAAACAAGGACUGAGGCUGCAAAUGGAGAACCUGACCUGAAGAGAAAAAUCAAUGCUGCCAUUUGAACAAGCACAAUGCAGGGCUACAGGGGCAUGUGGCAAUUUACCUAGACUUAACACCUAAUAUGUAGUCUCAAGUAACAGCCACCUAGUUCAUAGGCAUACAUGUUUUACUUGUAAAAAGAAAGAAAGGAAAAAAAAAAAAGGCUGCAUAGAAGAGGUUUUCUGAUCCUAUGGACCACUGCCCAUUCAACAAGUCAUUUGCCUGAGCAGAGAGGUGUACACAAACAACUUUGCUGUAAUAAUAAACGCCAGUGUCUGUCUAUGACAAGAGACUGGUAUAGCUUUCCCCUAAGCUGUGUGCACCUUGAAAGAGAGAUUCUGUAGAUGAACAAGUUUGAGUAGGAACUAAUACUAACUCUGAAAUUACUCACUGUGCACCUCAUUUGAAGAACUUAGCUGGGGCAGGGAGGGGAGCAUUGUCUGGGAGUUUUUUUGUAUUUUUAAAAACAAAUUUCACUGUGCUAGUAGUUAAUCUGGAUCCAGUUUGAGGAAAAAAAAAAAAAAAAAAGGCUGUCUACCCUUUUACUAUAAAGGUUUGAUAGUCUAAGUCAUUUUCAUUAUCAAAACCUGUUUGUGAACAUCAUCUGUAAGACCUGACACCAUAACAGACAUCUUCUAAAAUACUCAGGUGUAGUAAGACCUAUUGCUGUGCUGAAGAAACUGUCCCAAUAGUAUAAAUAGCAAUAAAUUCUCCCUAAGAUGAUGGGGAACAUGCUCCUUUAUGCUUUGUUCUCCCUCUUGCUCUCUCCCCCUCUCCAGGGCUAGUUGAGAUCAGAAACUCUGACCUCUAUUUCCAGCUCUAGUCUUCUGCUUCCACAUCCUCAGCUGUGGAAUGAUACUGUUUCCACAGAUACACUACCUCAGGGGGAACUGUGCAUAGUGCACAGCUAACCCCAUCCCAGAGGUAAGCUGCAAUCUAACAUUUGGGCUGCAGCACUUCCAUUCAGGUUGAGGCAUCAUGUUUAAGAAAGAUUCACGUUUUUCCUUUGCUCACUGUGGACAGAUGUUUCUGUUCAAAAAUGACUCAUUUAGGCCUUUUUCUAGCUGACUUAAGAGAACUGAAAGGAGACAAUUCAGUAUACAGUUUCACGUCAACCUUAGGAAGGCAGUAAGCUGCACACAAACACACACACCUUGCUCUCACCCACACCUUAGACAACUUCUGAAAAUUCCCACUGGUCUUUUUUAGCAUAUACCAAGCACAUUUGCUAAUAAUGCUUUUUAUUGGUUACAGGUGGGUAAAGUAGAAGAGGGGGUGUAGUUUUCAAUGUAAAUCUAUGGCUUCUUGGAAAUUUAAGCAUUAAUAUUGUAACUAAGUACAUCAAAAGAAGGAAUCUCGGCUAGGCCCAAACUCCUAUAUAAGGGACAGACACGGUUUGGGUAGAUGAAGUGAAGGAGAGCAAACUACAGCAUCUCCCAACAAAUCUGUCAAAAUCUGACAUUGCCUCAUCCCUAAAGGAUUUUAGGUCAUAGGCAAAUUGCAUGCAAGAAGAAUUAGUCUAGGAUCAGUAAUCUGGUCGACAAAGAAGUUGGUCAGAGCACGCUCCAAUUUGUUUUAGCUACACAUACACUUUCAGGAUCACCAACUUCAAUAACCCUAUUUAUUAUCAGAAAGCUAUUAGAGGUGUUUCAAGAUUAUCACUGGGCUGCCUGAAAAAUAGCACAAAAGGCUUUAUCCUGGAAAAUAUUUUCAAGUAGCUGCUCCAGCUGUCUGUACAAAAAAUGUAGGUUCUCUUUUGCUGCUGUAAUAUUACAUGCUUUGUUAUUUGUAUAUUAAUGUUGUCAUUUAUGUAAAU